AGGUGUGUUCUUACCUCACUGUGCUACCAAAGCGAAACAGCAGCAUCGAUUUGUGUCCCUUUUUUUUGUUCCUCCUUCGACCUUCGGGGUGAUUGUUUGCUGUGUGCUGCUGUUGAGUCCUGCCGGUCCGACACACAACGCCACAGACGGUGGAGUAGUUCACCUUGCACGAACUCGAUAUACGUAUGUCGUUGCCUUUAGCGUCAAAACAUAGGUAGAUAGCAAUAAGAGCCGACGUCACACACGUACUGGCACAGGCAAACGCACAAGCUUCUUGUAUUGCGAGAGAAAACAUCUCCUUUUUUUCCUUUUGACAGCUCGCGCUCCUCGGUCGUGCUGCCGUCACCGUAUUCUUCAACGCUUACCUGCGUAGCCAGCCCCCUCUCCGAUUCACCUUGUGGCGGACUAUUUGAUGGAAAUUGUGCCUUUUUUAAAGUUGUUUUUACUCCCUUUUUUACACUGACAUUUUUUUCCGAUUCAUCACGAAUCGGCCACGUACUUAAACUUCGUCGUGGUAUGCUUCAGCCGUCCUAUUUAUCGUUGAUGCGUCAGCAUUCCACUGAUCUUUCAAAUAGCUUCUCGGCGGCAACGGUGGUUGUGGCUCGCUUUUCUUUUCCCUUUUUCUUUUAACGGUUUCUGUACCGGUCUUUCGGUGGGUUUACGCAUGCGAUGUGCGUAUGAAGGUUUGUAAGGGUCGCUUUGCAUGCCUGUGCUUCUGCUAUCGCUAAUAGAGAGAGAGAGAGAAAACACCGGUCAGCCGUUUCCGCGUCUCACGAGGGCCAGCUUGAGUUGAACGGCAUCGCCUCCGCCUCACUCUUCUCCUCCGAUCGAAAGUCGUGCGAGUAACAGCGCACGUGGCGGCGUUUCUUUAAAGCAACAUGUCUGCUUCAAGUACCGAUAAGGUCGAGCACGCCAAUCCGCCCAUCAUCGAUACGCCUGCAGCUCCGCCGGUGCCACGGUUCCGCCGAAGGCGUGACGUCUCGACGAGCACGCUGUGCUGCACGGUGCUGAUCCUCCUGUGUAGCGUCGCUCUCGUGCUUUACUUCGACGUCUGCUGCUUCGGGGUGAAAGCGCGCGACGUCAUCUGGACUCGCCUCUCCACGGACGUCAGAAGCAGCGCCGCCUUGUCACCUACGACCACGCUGCCAAACCUUUCCUCACGGGAGAACAACUCACGCGAUGUGGCGGCGGACGCCAAGAACAUUGUAGAGGAGUUUUGGGACUUGGCAGGCAAUUUCUUGUGCCCACAACCGCAGCGCUACACGCGGGACGAGGUCGCACAGCAUCGCACCGCCGACGACUUGUGGAUAGUGAUCGACGGCAACGUGCUGGACGUGAGUUUGUUUAUCCAUCAGCACCCCGGCGGCCUGGUGCUGCUGGACGGUGCGGGUGGGCAGGACAUGGCGACGGUGUUCGCCCGCUUCCACCACCCGUCGUCGGUGCGUCUCUUCGCCAACUUUUGCAUCGGCCGCGUGGAGGAAAAGUGA